AUCACAUCCACUUUUUCGAUUUCACGCUCAACUAACCUGGACUGGGCUCGGCUCACGAUUCCGCAUGGCUUUCAACGCACCGAAAAGGCUGGCAGGCUCGAAACGAAAGCUCCGUGGGCAGUCCGAACCAGGGAAGAAACGAGUCAAAAUCCAGCACAAGAAUGCCGACAGUUUACCGUGGAAGGUCGUCGCGCGACCUAUGGAAACUGGAAUGAGUGGAGACGACGGGAUCCUUGAGCUAGAAGAGGUCGACGAUGUUGAAGUCUUCUAUGAGGAGACGGAGGCGGGCAGGAAGAUCACCUUCAACGUGAUGGAAUCUUCCAAAGACUCUACGGAAAAGGAUGCAGAAAUUGGGACAGGCUUGGAUGUAGGAGAAGAUCAGGGCGAGGAGCUGGAAACUGAAUCAGUGGUCGAGGAUGAGGAGGAUCCAGUAGAAGAUCCCACAGAGCCAAUACAACCCUUCGAUUCCGAAAACCUGUUGCCCAAUUGGCACCCAUUCUCUCUACACCCUCAGCUUCUCCGUAUCCUGCAUUCCAAAAGCUUCGCAUCUCCAACACCUAUUCAAUCCGCUGCACUUCCCUCAGCACUAUCUGGCCGAGAUGUUGUCGGGGUUGCUCAAACAGGAUCAGGGAAAACGUUAGCUUACGGGCUUCCUAUCCUCCACCGUCUUCUCUCUGAAGCCAAGCCGUCAUCAAAGUCAAAAACACGCCGACUCGGUGCAUUGAUUCUGGCGCCUACGCGAGAACUGGCCCUCCAAGUCUCCGCGCAUCUCAACGCGUGUCUGAACGCUGUUUCGGAAACGGGAUCCAAGGGCCACAAAUCCACAGGAACGAAAGUCGCGAAAAAGAGCCAAGAACCAGUGGAGCCACGAACGCCCCCUCUGGUCAGCGUCGCUGCUAUUGUCGGUGGAAUGUCUGCUCAAAAGCAGCGACGAGUGCUUGAUCGAGGUGUCGAUGUCCUAGUUGCAACCCCCGGUCGAUUGUGGGAUAUCAUGCAGGAUGAUGACGAUUUGGCGAAUCAGAUCAAGAGCCUCAAGUUCCUUGUGCUGGAUGAAGCGGAUCGAAUGAUCGAAGCGGGUCACUUUGCGGAGCUGGAGAACAUCUUGCGACUAACACUGCGCGAGUCCGACCAGAUCGAGCCGGAAGAAGGGGAUGAACCAGAGCCUGUUCAUGAUGGACUGCAGACUUUUGUCUUCUCUGCGACCCUGAGUAAGGACCUACAACAAAAUUUGAAACGAAGACGUCGUUCCAAACCGUCAAACUAUAAGCGCGGGAAGCAACACGAGCCAGCGUCGACACUGGAUGAUUUGUUACUGCGGCUUGACUUUCGCGAUCCCGAACCCAAGGUCAUCGAUCUCAGUCCUCAGGGCGGGGUAGUUUCCACACUGAAAGAAAGUAAGAUCGAGUGUCUUUCCGCAGACAAGGAUCUCUAUCUCUAUUAUUUCCUACUUCGAUACCCUGGGCGCUCGCUUGUUUUCCUGUCCUCCAUCGAUGGUAUCCGACGACUGAUGCCUCUGACGGAGCUCCUCAAUGUCAAGGCAUUUCCUCUGCAUUCUCAGCUGGAGCAGCGCCAGCGGCUUAAGAAUCUGGAUCGCUUCAAAUCGACACCGAAUUCUGUGCUGCUGGCGACGGACAUUGCCGCACGAGGGCUGGACAUUGACGCUGUGGACCACGUCAUCCACUAUCAAAUACCUCGCACAGCAGAUGCUUAUGUCCACCGUAAUGGACGAACGGCCCGCGCGAACCAAAAGGGAUUCAGCAUGCUUAUGUGUGCUCCAGACGAGCGGAAAACGGUCCGUGCGUUGUUGAGCAGUCUGGGUCGUCAGGAAAGCGAAGUGGCUGAAAUGGAGGUCGACUUGGGCAUGCUUGACAAGCUGAAAGAGAGAGUCCAGCUUGCACGCCAGAUUGAAACGUCACACCACAAAGUCAAAAAGGCGAACCACGACAAGAAAUGGAUGAAAGAGGCAGCUGAGGCUCUCGAAGUGGAUCUGGAUUCGGAUUUCAUGAGCGACUCGGACGAGGACAAGCCAUCGAACCGUCAGCGCAAGUCCAGGGAUCUCAAGGCCGCGCACAUGAAAGACAAGUUGAGGCAGAUGCUCGCAAAGCCACUUGUCGCGCGAGGCGUGAUGACAAAGUAUAUCACGUUGGGCAGUCGCCCGAUUGUUGAUGAUCUUCUCGCUGGCCAAUUUCAUGACACGAUGGUUGGCGUGCCCAAGACUGAGGCAGGCAGCGAUCUUGUUAGCGGACGGAAGACAAGAAAAGCCAAGAACAAGCUGAAGGGGGUGUGAGCUGUAUCAGUCGUCAGUGUCAGUAGUCCUAGGAAGCAAAAAUCGCGGCACUACAAACUGCGCAGUCGCGGGACUGCGCAUCGGCCUGGCCUGGCCAAUUGGGACCACCGGUCUCUCGAUUUCUCGGGCACUGUCACAAAUAUUGCUCCGAUACUUCUCAUUCGAUAACUGCGCACACUCCUUCAGAAAGCGUCUCGGAUAUCUUCGGUUUACUGUAUCCAUGUCUAAGCAUCGCUACUCCCGGGCCUAGAGACCACGGAUGCCAGUUUCUGGCCAUCGCAUGGACUCUGAACACAGGCCCCGCUAGUUGCAUUAGGCGGGCGUUGCAGGCCUUCACUGGAGAUCCAAAGCCCUCUCCAACCCUCAUCUAUGAACGUGUUCUGACUCGGGAGUGCACAACAUGCCCGAAGCGUUGUUUGCACUUUGGGCACGAAGAACAUGUAUCUUAUUGACUCGCCCAAAUGAUGAUUCUUGAGUAGGACAGACAAGUUUGCUGGCUGCGCUUCUCGACGUAGUUCGUCAGGUCAACCUUCGUGCAAUGUUACUUGCGGUGGCUCUCUCGAUCCUGCUUUGCUUUGCUAUUCAGGAUGGGUAACUUUCGUUCAGUGUUGAGCUCGAAAUGUGCACACGGACACUUCGAGGCUUA